AUGAAGAUCACAUCUCUUGGUCUCUUGGCUUGUUUGGUGGGAUUAUCUCUUGCGGUCCCUCACAUGCCCAGAGAUGUUGAUCCCGAAAACCCCUCCGCUUCUGACCCAAAGACGCCCCCUUCUUCCCUCAAAGAUCCUCCACGGCCUCAAUCCGUCGGUCAGAAUCCGUUUGCUGGGAAGUCUGUUACAGUCCCCGGCUCUUGCGGUAAUCUCUGGAAUCCAUCCGAGACAUGCCUUCGCGACCUCGAGGCUCAGAACGAGAACGUCGGGACAUACGCUGGUGAUCUCAAGUUCGAGGAUAACAGCUGCGACGACGGACAGAAGCUCGCACUCGAAAUUGCCGCCUGGGAUGCCUUGACACUUGCCAACUUUGGCGGAAAGAAUCCACAGUCGGCAAAAGAGAUUGCGACGUGGAGGGCUUAUAUCGGUCCUGACUUUUCCUCUCAGCAGGGCCGUAUUGUGGAUAACCUGCGCCGGAUUCAGGACCACAGGCCCAAGAAGAAGUUUGACAUUAUUGCCAGUUGCAAGGACACUAAGGGAUGGUGCAAGGCAAUCACAGGCGGAUCGGUUGGCGGCUACGCUUGGACGGAGAAAGGCUGGUUUGGCUACACCUUUCAGCAUAUUACUCUGUGUCCGAUCUACUUUGGUCUCGACUCUCUGGAAGGGAAGUUCGAGAUGAUUGAGGAAGCUCUGGCGAGAGGCGACACGACGUACGCCGAGAUUGCAGACUGGCAGAAGAACAAAGGCCAGUAUUUCUUGCACGAAAUGAUGCACCUGGAUGCCGUUGGCCAGCCUCACAUCUCGGACCAGUAUCUCAGCAGCAGUGAAAACAUCGGACCCAAAGCAUACGGCCCCGCCGGCGUCUACACGCUAGCACAGAAAGACCUCAAAAGAGGCGGCGGAGCCACGCGGGCGAGCCUCAACGCCGACAGCUACGCAUGGCUAGCCAACAGCCUGUACUUCUACGACGCGACGGGCUACUUCCCCAGGCCGUCGGAGGGCACGAAGGGUGCCGAGGCUGAUAACAUCUACUUCGUGGACCUCGGGGAAUUCGAAGGUGAGGCGAAGGACGCCGAGAUCGAGAAGCGCUUCAAGGCCGAGGUGGAUAGCUUCUCAAGUCCUCCACCAACCCCUACCGACUCGUGCAAGAGCGAUAGUGACUGCUCUUCACCGCUGUGCGCCGGCGGCGGUGCUGUCUACUCCUGCGUCGAGGGUUCCUGCCAGUGCGGAUCCCCCAAGCCGCCGCCAUUGUCGUCGCCGUCGCCAUCGCCGCCCAUCAACACUCCCCCGCCAGGCACAAAGUGCUUUGAGGAUGUAUCGGAGUCUGACUGUACGAGCAAGUAUGAGUGCCCUGAUGAGAAGAAAGUUGGAUGUGUGAAGAACGGCCUUGCUGAAAUAACUUGGUGUACAUGUUUCUAA